CAUGGCUGGAGGUACGAGGAGUAUUUAAAACAGGCUGGCACUGCCCGAGCUCAGUGUCCAGCUGCAGCAGGGAGGCAGGACAGACAGACAGACAGCCACGCACAGCCAGGAGGUCCAGGGGUCAGCUGCCAAGAUAGCAGCAAAGCCAGCCUGAGGAAAAAGCAAGCGGCUCUAAACAGUCUGCAGAAGUAACCUAAAGUGGAAUGUAAGCAAAAUGACUUCACUGGCGAUCAUCUUCCUGCUCUCCUUCCUCUCAGCUGAAGCUGCAAGAAGCAAAUAUCCUCCCAAAGCAGCAAUCUCAAGCCCCGUGUUCGGACCACGGCAGGUAUAUGGCCUGAUCGGCGGGUCAGUUACUGUGAAGUGCUUCUACCCUCCCACCAAGGUGAACAGGCACGACAGAAAAUACUGGUGCAGGGAAUCAUCCCGGAGCUGCCUGACCGUUGUCUCCUCCAAUGGCUACACGUCCCCGAGCUACCAGGGCAGAGCCUCCAUCAGCGACUACCCGGAGCAGGGCAUCAUGGUGGUGAACAUCUCGCAGCUGGCACUAUCAGACAGAGGCACCUACCAGUGCGGGAUUGGUCUCAAUGGCAGAGGGCUCUCCUACAAAGUCAGCCUGGACAUUUCUGAAGGUCCAAACGUCCCGGAGGAGGCUGAGCUCUUCUAUGUGGAGCUGCACGGCUCCGUAACCAUGACCUGCAGCUUCGGGGCAGACACUGUCAGCAUGAGGAAGUUCUUGUGCAAGAUGGACAAGAACGGCUGCCACAACAUCAUCGACACGUAUGGGAAGAUCGAUGAGGAGUUCACAGGCAGAGCCCUGCUGAGCAACGAGGACUCUGGAGGCGCAUUCAGCAUCAUGAUAACCCAGGUGGACUGGGAAGACGCAGGCUUGUACCUCUGCGGGGUUGGCUUCUACGGGGAGUCUGGAGAAACGAAGGAGCUGGAUUUGCAUGUCUAUGAGGGGACAAACGUUCCUCAAGGAAAGAACACAGUAAUUGGAGUCAAAGGAGGUUCAGUAACUAUUGAAUGUCACUAUGAUCCCUCAAAAAAUUACUCGCUCAAGUACUUGUGCAAGUGGAGAAAGAAUGGAUGUUCUCGGAUCAUAGAAAACACCGGCUUCGUGUAUGACACUUACGAAGGAAGAGUGGCCAUGUUCGACAGCCCGCAGAACGGCACGUUCAGUGUCAUCUUGAACCAGCUGCGUGACAAUGACAAAGGCUAUUACUGGUGCAUGACAAACGAUGAAAGAGAGAGGAAGUCAUCGAAGGAACUGAAGAUCAUAGAAGGAGAGCCUGGAUUAAAGGGGAAGGAGGAAGUGCUGGCAGAAGUGGGCUCGCGGGUCGAUUUAACGUGCUCUUACCCAUGCAAGUACUACUCCUACGAGAAGUACUGGUGCAAGUGGAGCAGCGAAGGCUGUUCCCCCUUGUCUGCCUCUGACCAAGGCCAGCCGGGGGUGGAUGUCAGCUGUGACACCGCCAACAAGACACUCGUCCUAACCUUCGACUCGGUGGCCACGACAGACCAAGGGUGGUACUGGUGUGGAGUGAAGCGCAACGGCCGCUACGGGGAAACGCUGGCAGUGUACCUGCAGGUGGCUGGAGGGGAUGCAGAGAAAGCUGCCGAACUCAACCCAGAGCUCCUGAAUUUGGACACUUCCAGCGAUGCCGUGGCUCCCAACAGUGCUGCAGCUCCCAGUGAUGCCAAAGCUCCCAGCAAUGCCGAAGCUCCCAGUGAUGCCAAAGCUCCCAGCGAUGCCAAAUCUCCCAGCGAUGCCAAAUCUCCCAGUGAUGCUGCAGCUCCCAGCGAUGCCGAAGCUCCCAGCGAUGCCGAAGCUCCCAGCAGUGCUGACCGUGGCGUUGUUCCCCAGGGGAGAGCCUUCAGCAAUGCUGGGGUGCAAAGUGCAGCUGCCUCUGAAAGCUCUGAACCAAGUUCUGGCUCCAAUGCCCUUACUGUAGCCCUGGCCUCCUCUGGCGCAGCAGUCGUCGUCCUCGGUGCAGCUUUUGCUGUGUUUAAAUACCGGCAGAUCAAGAGAUCAGACCUGGUGUCCGUGGGGAGCUACAGAACCAACAUCAGCAUGUCGGACUUUGAGAGCGUGAAGGAGUACGGAGCAAACGAUAACGCCUGCAUGAAAGAGAGCCAGGAGACUCAGCUGGGAGGGGACGAAUUCAUCACCACCACAGCCAGUGCUGAAAGCGCAGCUGAGACAAAGAAGGCAAAAAGGGGCUCCAAGGAGGACGCCGACCUCGCCUACUCCGCCUUCCUCCUCACCUCCAACACCAUCGCCCAGGGCUGUGCCCCUGGGGACAGCGCAGCUCCGGCCGAGCCCCCCCCGGCCUGGGACGGGCAGGUCUGAGCGCAAGGGACAUGGGGACGCGGCAGUGAGGGGUUGGCUCUGCCGUGAGGCUCAGAGCACAAGCUCAGCAAGCUGCGCUGCUUACUGCUGUCACAAUUUGCUAUAGCUUGAUCUUUUCAUGUUUAAAUUCAGCUUAGAGUGGUGAUUUUGUCAGAAUUGUAGAGGCCCGAGUGUGGAGGCACAGCGGCAGGAGCUCGAGGGGCUGAGCCCCUGCAGCCCUAGGCCAGACCUUGCAAUGCUGGGGGCUCCCAAAGACCAAAAGAUGCUUUUUUUUUUUUUUCUUGUUUUU